AUUUGGGCUGAACGCAUGGGCUUGUUACAGGCCUGACAGCCACAGACACAAAGACAGCGAGCAGCAGACAGUGCAUACUGUGUGUUUACCUGGAAAUGGUCAUCAUUUGUUAUUCAUCAUUGCUGGGGAAACAUUGAAAAGCACUAAUGAACCCUGUUUCUAAACCUAACAUUAAACUGUCGAGCUUAUAGAUUUAAAAGUAUAUCACAGAGACACAAGACAUGGCAUCUAUCUAAUCGUGCCUUGCGAAGCACCCAAUAUGGGCAUAUUCACUGUAACCUUUGAAAUAACACACUGUAGUUUGAAUAAGGUGGGUGUAACAGUUGUAAACUCUCAGUAAUUCAGUUUGUACUUCACUAAUGUCAACAAGGUUAUGUGAACUCUCUCUCUCUCUCUCUUUGCAUCUCUCACUGUUAGUUGCUGGACAGGUUUUCUUGUCUGUACAAACAAGGCCACACCCUCUGAGGCACACAUGUCCUCUCACCUUCACACAGGCCAGGUGCAGGGCGCACAGGAGGGGAGAGGUGAGGGGGAGGAGGGAGAGGGUCAUUAUCCCCUUUGAGGGUGGAGCAAAGGGGGAGGCGAAGAGAACGGAUGAAACAUUUGAAGCUCAGAUUGACAUGCUGCUCUGAAGGCUCCUGUGAGUCCAGCCAUGGAUGAUGUGUUGGAAGGUGCGGUGGUGUUGUGUGUAUGCAAACUGGGCUUCAGUCUCCUCUUCCUGCCCUCAUUGGCUGCCUCCCGCAGUCCCAUCAGCUUCUGUUGCUGCUGCCUCAUAAUCUUCACUGACGUCUUGGUCACAGCUUUUCUGAGUUUCCUUUGCGUCUUUGAGUCCCAGCUGACUGACCUGACCGGACUUGGCGAUGUCAUUGCCCUGCGCUUCCUGCUUUUUCUCAGCCACAUAUACGGUGUGGUGUUGCUCCUGACCGCACCUCUGAUCGCUGUGGAGACUGUGACCAGACUGAUGACCCUUCAUUCUUUUGUCGCUCACAGGAGAGCGAGUAAAAUAGUGAUGGACCCUGAUGGACAACGUUGUUACAUUGGGGAGGUAACUGUGGAAAAGGAGGAGGAGGAUGAGGAGGAGGAGGAUGAGGAGGACAGUGACAGCCCAGACAAAGACAAAGAAAAGCGGUUGUCUCGUGUUGUCAGCUACUUCUGCUGCCUGUCACUGUGGGUCGUUGUUGCCCUCAGUGUCAGGUGGCAAUGGAAGGUGGAGGAAGUGUGGGCUGCUACCUGUUUGCACACAACCAACUCCCUCAUCAGAUGUUUGCCCAACCUGCUCAGCCCCAUAACCAGCACUGUGAGCCCCUGCUGGAUCAUGGCCUUUCUCUCCCUCCUCCUGCUAGUGAUCAUGACCUCGAGCCUGUACACAUCCCACCAGGUCUCUGCACAGAUGGCAAAGUCAAAAACAGAGAAACACGGAGUUAGCACUAAUGGCAGCGGCAGGCACUGGGAAGACCUUGAUUCAGCGUUGCCUACACACCCCAAGUCUGUGAGCCUUGGGAUGUCGGUUUCCGCAACAGCGCAGUGUGUUGACCCAGAGAAAACAGAGAGCAGCUGCGCUGUUCACAGUGCAUGUUGCCGGAACAGUGUGCAGAUGUCGGCACUUCACCAUAGAGACUUUGUCCUCAUCUCCCCCGAGUGUCUGUCUGCAGGACAGGAGCAUGAAAGGACAAAGACGAGUAUACCUCUGACAUUUAGCAUGAAGGACAACAUGGACUCAGAAAACAGGAGCCAGAGCAGGAGGCGACAGUGGGGAUUUUCCUGCCUGGGGGUGAAUGUAAUGAUAGUGUGCCUGGGUGUGCUCUCCACUUUUGUGCUGCCUCUAAACCUCAGUGUGAACAUUCUCCUGAUCAGGACAAUAGAGACUCUGCUGGAGCUGUGUAUCAGAGCUGUAGUUUCAUUUGCAACGAGUACAAGGAACAUGUCCACCUCUCACUACGAAACAUUUGCAUAAAACCAGACUGGUGAGAAGCAAAAUUGGAAGGUAAUCAGAGGCUCUCUAACAGGAUCACCGGCUUAAUAUUGCAUGUGUGCAGGUCUAACUGUCAACAUUGGUUUGAAUAGAGUGUAAAUAUCCAUUUCUGUGCAGCGACUCCAAUGUGAAGAAUAAUAUGUGGAAACUGCUGGAAGGUGCUGAGGAGGCAGGUUGAGGCGUGCUUGGUAGAAAGACACUAAACCUGACUUAAACAGACGGCUGGAAGGCCUGCUUUUAUUAUUCAGAGCUUUAAGAUCUGCAGGUAUUUGUCAUUACACGAUGGGUUACAGAAUGAGCCUCUCUUUAAAUAAGACUAAUCCACGGACAAACUGUGUUUUGAAAGCAGUAAUAUGAAGUGUGCUGAUGCAUCAUCACAUAAAAUGCUGCAUAAAGCAAUGUAUAAAUAAAUAAAUAUGGAGUGACUUGAGGGUGUGCCAUAGGUUUUGUUUUUUUCUUUGUAGUUUUGCAUCUGUUCAUAAAUCAUUUGGUUUCUAAGGGGUGAACUACUCUUAACUCCUCAGAUAAGGCUUCAUUUAAAUACCCGUUUAAGGCCAAAAGAGGUCAAAUUAUCCAGCUUAGCAGUUAGCUUAGUUUAGCAUAAAAACUGAAAACAGUUAGCUUUGCCCUAUCAAAAUGUACUAAAAAUCAGCCUAUAGCACACUAAUUAAUGUUACAUCAGCUAUUUAUAUUUUAUUUAUAUUUAUUAAAUAUCACUGAACUAAACCACACUUUUUCCACUCCUGUUUGUGAACAGAUAAAGAAAUGUGAUGUGAAAUGUUACUGUGCUUCAGAGGUGCUGGAAGGUGGAUGCUGUUACCUUUGGACAGGGCCAGUUUAAGAGACAGACAUGAGUGGAAUCUUAUCAUUUCACUCUCUGUGAGAAAGCGAGUUUCACAUUUCUCACAAUGUCAAGCUAUUUCUUUGAAUCACACAAGACUUAAUGCUCCUGUUUUAAAGAGAGGCAGGAAAUUAAGAAAUUCAGGCUAGCAAAACACUAAGGACUGCCUUGUACUCACUUGUAGGGACAGAUACACUCUGUAGUGACAAGCAUUGAAGCCAGUACAAAGGUGAGCAGGGGUACAGAUGUCAACACCAGAGGGCACUCCAGUGCAACAGCAACUCACAGGGACUCACAUCAGAGAACUUAAAGCUCCAAAAAUGUUUGUUAGGCGAGCUUUAGGAGGAAACUCGAGAAGAACGAAGAGGAUUCAGGAAACAAAAAGGAGCUACUGUUAAUGUCCUGUUGUAUCCACAUGCAAACUAUUGCUUUACAACCAUAAGAUCACAUGUUGUGAUAGCAAGUGCGAUGGCUUUGUGUCUUUGACAAUUUCUGUUUAACUGUGGCAUGACGACAUUAAGAGGAAAUGUGUUGCUGUAAGUUUCCUCAUUCAUGAAGUUGUUAGCACUCAGUGUAUCAGGAUAUUUGAAGAGGCUGCGUGGUGUUUGAUUUUAUUUUGCUUUAACAGAACACACAAGUGAUUAAACUGCUCUGUGAGCAGAUUCAUCUUCC